AUGGAUUCUGUUUCAGGCUGGUUUUCGUACCUCAGCUUGGCAGCCACGGCGUCCUCGCUCAUCCUAGCCUAUGUGGUCUCCACAAUUAUCUAUCGGCUCUACUUCCAUCCACUCGCCAAAUAUCCCGGGCCACUCUUCGCUAGAAUCAGCACGUUCCCAUCCUACUGGCACACCCUCAAACAAGAUCGUCACAUCUGGCUCUGGCGUCUGCAACAACAAUACGGCGACACUUUCCGGUAUCGGCCUGAUGCAGUACUCAUCAACACUCCCACGGCUUUCAGAUCAAUAUUUGGACCGAAAGGCAACGUGCGAAAGAGUGACUACUACAGAGUCUGGCCAAGGACUGCUGAGGUCACGAGUACUUGGAAUGUCACAGAUAUUCCGGCGCAUGCCAGGAAGCGACGGGUGAUGAACCAGGCGUUCUCGGAGAAGGCGUUGAAGUCAGCUGAAAUCUUCAUUCAUGACAAUGUGGAUCGCUGGUUGGAUUUGUUGGGAGAUCAAGGGAAGACUGGUACAACCUCUAUCAACAUGGCUCACGAGAUCAAUUACCUUGUGUUCGACAUUCUGGGAGACCUGUGCUUCGGCCAGUCGUUUGGAAUGAUCGAGCCUGGGAGUGAGAUGCGUUAUGUGCCCGAAGUGCUUGCUACAUUUCUUCAGCUGUUUCACCCCAUAGCAUUCUCACCUUUGGCAGAGUGGUGGGUCUGGGCCAAGCCACGAGGCCUCGAUAAGAUUCUGGGCUACGUUUCGCCACCAGCUGUCACCAACUGGGAGAAGUUCGUUGCCUCGUGUCUUGAGAAGAGGACCAAGGUAGAACACGAGAACAGAGCGUUGAUUAAGCCAGAAUCUGAGGUCAGGAAAGAUUUCUUCUACUACCUCUUCGACGCCAAAGACCCGGAGACUGGAACCGGCUAUGAUCUGAACGAGCUCUACGGCGAAUGUGAGCUGCUGAUUGUUGCUGGAUCGGACACUACGUCGAUCGUCAUGUCUGCGAUGAUAUUCUAUCUGGCCAAGAACCCCGACGUCCAGACGAGGCUGGCGGACGAGAUCUUGUCAACCUUCAACGCCUACAAUGAGAUUCGCGGCGGUAGCCAAAUCCACUCUUGUCGAUACUUGAAGGCUUUCAUUCAAGAAGCCUGCCGCAUGGCACCUCCCGUCGGGGCUGAUCCAGCACGUCAAGUCCUGUCGGGAGGCACGAUCAUCGACGGCCAGUACUUCCCGGAAGGGACAAAGCUCAGCAUCAGUUGCUAUCGCCUUAGCUACAGCGAUGAUGUGUUCCCUGAGCCGUUUGCCUUCCGACCUGAGCGCUGGUUGCCUGAGCAUAGCUCACCUGAGAGGCUAGCGAUCCAGGAGCAGGGCUUCUGUUCAUUCCUUGCAGGUUCUCGUGGUUGUGUUGGAAAGAACCUGGCGUGGCUGGAGAUGAUGCUGGUAAUCUCAAAGCUGGUGUACAAGUAUGAGGUUAUUCAAGACCCAAAAGACAAUCUUGGGGGUGGAGCUGCAGAUGGAAGGAUUGGACGGCAGAAUCCGGAUCAGUAUCAGACUUAUGAUGCCUUUGUUGCGUUAAGAGAUGGACCGAUGGUGCAUCUUCGCCCAAGAUGA